AAACUCUGGUGAAAUUGUAGAAAAGCAGGCGCCGAGCUCAAGAUCAAUCGAGAAACGUAAAAAGAGAGAUAGAUGGGGAGCAGAUUAGGUCGCCGCGUUGUCCACUUCGCCAACCUCCCCAUCAAGCUGCUAAUGCCCUCACCACCCUUCGAAUCCAUCCGUGAGAUCGCGCUCAAGACGAUCCCUUCAGCUUCAAAGAUCGAGAUCCGACGAGUUCUCGAAUCCCUCUACGGCUUCGAGAUAGAAGACGUCCGCACGCUCAACAUGGAAGGCAAGAAGAAAAAGCGCGGGCCUUUUCUCGCCGCUAAGCCCGAUUACAAGAAGGCCUACGUCACCCUUCGCUCUCCACUCUCGCUUAACCCUAGCCUUUUCCCUAUACGCUGGAUCCAAGAGGAACGUGAUCGGAUCGCUCAGGCCUCCUCGGCUAGGUCCCGGAAGUCGUCGGUUGUGGAUGAGAGUAAGGGAAAUGAAGGAAGAUCGCACUGGCUAGAUGAUCCUGAGCGGCGAGAACGCGAGGAGCUUGAGGCUCGACGGAGGUAUCCUGCGUCGAGGAGGGAUGGGGAAAGAGGGCAGAGGGGUAGGAGGGGAGGUAGAGAACGGGAAGGGAGGAGAAAAGAGGAGGAAAACAAGUUUCCAUGGAGCAGUAUGCGAAAGUGGAGCUAAGGUAUUUGUGGUAAUGCUUCAAUCAACUAAAAAGUUUUUGUUUUGAAGGUGCAUGGCCAGUGCUUUUGGCUACUGAUAGAGUAUGCAUUGUUUGUACGUUUCUUUUUAGCGGUAAAAGGAGAUUUUUGUUGUUGCAAACGUGCUUAUAUGGCUUUGAUCUGUUUUAGAGCUUGUUGGGAUUUCCAUUAUUAUUAUGAUCAUUUUUUGCGACUUUGGGAGUGAAUCUGGAAACCAAGCAUGGACUUUGCUAGGAUGAUCUGUAAGGAUUUUUUGUUAUUCAAAUUGAAAAGAUAUGAGAAAGCUAUGAAACAGAAA